GAAUUCCUCCACCCUAGUUCAGCUGUAGUAGUGAAUGGUCAUGAAAAGAUCAAUGACUGCUACUUCUUUUGCAUUUGCUUUCCCAUUGUUUCUCUUUGCAGCAACUAUUAUUAGUCUUAGCCUUUGCCAUGGAAGCUUGAACGUUAGCUGCAUUCCAAGCGAGAAAGAAGCUCUUCUGCAGUUUAAGCUUGGACUUAAAGAUUCUUCCAACCGGCUCUCUUCUUGGGGUGGUGAUGCAGAUUGCUGUGGAUGGUUCGGAAUCAUAUGUGACAAUCUCACCGGUCAUGUUCUCCAACUCCAUCUUAGAAGUCUUUCUCCGGAGGAGUAUUAUGCUUCUAAUGCCACUGGUAACUAUUUUGAAUAUUGGGAGAGGCAGAUAUUCAGAGGUAACAUCAAUGAAUCUUUACUCAACUUGAAGCAUUUGAAGUACCUAGACUUAAGCAACAAUGAUUUUGAAGGAAUUCACAUUCCCAAAUUCCUUGGCUCUAUGGAGAGCUUAAGAUACCUUAAUCUCUCCGGAGCCGGAUUUGGAGGAAUGAUUCCUCAUCAACUUGGAAAUCUUUCAAAUCUGCAAUAUCUCAAUCUCAAUUUUGAAGGAGGACUUUAUGAUUAUCAUGAGAUAUAUGUAGAGAGUUUGCAUUGGCUUUCUAGUCUCUCAUCAUUAGAGUUCCUUGACUUGAGUUUUGUGGAUCUUAGUAAAGCCUUGGAUUGGUGGGAUGUCAUGAACACACUCCCUUCUUUGGUAGAGUUACACUUGUCAGUAUGUGCACUAAAUCAGAAGAUUCCUACACUUUUCAAAAACUCUUCAUCACUUGCCAUCCUUGAUCUUUCAUACAAUCAAUUUCUUGGACCAAUCCCUAUUCAAUUUCAGAAUAUAACUUCUCUUAGAGAACUUGAUUUGUCUGGAAAUUAUUUCAAUUCUUCUAUGGCAUUUUGGUUGCAUAAUCCUCCCCAUCUUGAGCUUCUUAACCUUAAAUCUAAUAACUUGCAAGAAACAAUUCCAAGUGGCUUUGGAAAUUUCACUUCCCUCAACAGCCUUGACUUGUCAAACAACAAACUUGAAGGGUCAAUUCCAAGUUCCAUUGGAAACCUGACUUCACUCAUUAGCCUUGACUUGUCAUACAACAAACUUGAAGGAGCAAUUCCGGCAUCUUUCAAGAAGCUUUGCAAUUUGAGAUCACUUUAUUUGUCAAGCAUCAAACUAAGCCAAGAGAUAAAUGAGGUCCUUGAAAUUCUGUCAGGAUGUGUUUCAGAAGGAAUAGAGGCAAUGCAUUUGAGUAGUUCUCAAUUAUUAGGUCAUUUGAAUGAUCUUCUGGCGCAAUUCAAGAAUCUGGAGUCCCUGGAUCUUUCCAAUAAUUUGAUUUCUCACCCAAUUCCAAUUACUUUGAGUCAGCUGACUUCAUUGACUUCACUGCUCCUUUUCCACAACAAACUGAAUGGAAGUCUCCCUAUAGGUUUUGGUGCCCUUAGAAAAUUAGUGGUGGCAGAUGUUUCUCAUAAUUUAUUGGAGGGUGAAGUCUCAGAAAUUCACUUUGCAAACCUUACAAAUUUGAGAAGCUUUGAUGGUUCAAAUAACCAACUGAGUUUAAAGGUCAAUCCCAAUUGGAUUCCUCCUUUUCAACUUGUUGAAGCCAUAUCUUUGCAAUCUUGGGAGGUUGGGCCUCAGUUUCCCACAUGGCUCCGUUCCUUGAAGCACUUAAAAUUUCUAGACUUAUCAAACUCAAAAAUUUCAAGCACCCUUCCCAUUUGGUACCAUGGGUGGUCUUCAAGACUUUAUGAUUUCAAUUUAUCUCACAACCAAAUGCAUGGAAAAAUUCCCUAUUUGUCUAUUGAUGAUUCUUUUUCAUUCUCAUCCAUAGACUUGAGUUUCAACAACUUUGAUGGUCAGUUGCCUUAUUUCUCUUCCCAUCCUACUUCAAUAAAUCUUUCCAAUAAUUUACUCUCUGGAUCAAUAUCCACCUUUCUUUGUCAGAUAACGCAUGAGUUGAAAACUACAAUACUUAACUUGGGAAAAAAUUUCCUGUCCGGAGAAAUACCUGAUUGUUGGAUGAAUUGGAAAUUUUCUGUAGUCAUAGAAUUAAAUGACAACUACUUCAGUGGGAAAAUUCCAACAUCCAUGGGUACUCUAAGUGAUCUUUCAUUCUUAAACCUUCGAAACAAUAAUCUCUCUGGCAAAAUACCAUUGUCCCUUCAAGAAUGCAAAGAAUUGAAAGUACUUGACUUGGGUGAAAACAAAUUGGGUGGAGACAUUUCAACGUGGUUGGAUCAGCAAUAUUAUCCAGUGAUGGCUAUUCUCAAUCUUCGUAGGAACAAAUUUCAUGGUCACAUACCUAAGGAGCUUUGUGGAAUGAUUUGGUUGCAAAUCUUGGAUCUUGCUAAUAACAACUUCAAUGGCACCAUACCCACAUGUGUUAGCAACUUAUUUGCAAUGGCAAAUGAAAUUCAUGAUCCUAUGGGAGGUAAAAUUUACUUUGUUGAUGGGAGUGGCGGGGCAUUCUAUGGGAGUUCCUCAAUUAUGAUUAAGGGAGAAAUGAAUGCUUAUAGCACAAUUCUUAAUUUUGUAAGGAGUAUAGACCUCUCAAACAAUAAAUUGUCGGGGGAUAUUCCUGAAGAAAUAACAAGGCUUAAGACAUUGCAGUCGUUGAAUUUGUCGCAUAACCUUCUGGUAAGAAGAAUUCCAAAGGAAAUAGGAAGUAUGAAGGCACUUGAAUCUCUUGAUUUUUCAAAUAAUCAAAUUUCCGGAAAAAUUCCCCUAAGCAUGUCAAAAUUGACAUUUUUGAGUGAAUUGAACUUGUCCAACAACAAGUUAACUGGAAUGAUUCCUUCAAGCACUCAAUUACAAAGCUUGGAUCCAUCUAGCUUCAGCGGCAACAAACUUUGUGGGGCUCCACUCAUCAACAAGUGCAAUGUUGAUGGUGCUAAGCCUCCAACUGGGACAAAAAGAGGAGAAGAUGGCAAAGGGUCUGAAUCAUUUGAUUGGUUUGAUUUCUACGUGAGCCUUGCUCCUGGAUUUGUGGUAGGGUUUUGGGGAGUGGUGGGUCCUUUAGCGUUUAACAGAAGAUGGAGGCAUUCAUACUUCAACUUUGUAUAUGGUUUGUGGGAUAAAAUUAUGGUGUGGUAUCAUGUAAAAGUUGUUAGAGUUUUGAGAGGUAAUGGUUUUUAGCUAGAGUUCUGUCCCAAGCAAAUAUGCAUGGUUUUACGUGUGGUUGUACAAUUGUUCUGUAAUCUUGAAUUGGGUUCAAUAAAAAUUGAAAAGCCCAUUAACAGU